AUGAAUCGUCCCCAAAAUUAUGGCUCAAUCUCAUCACCAGCAGUAGGUUUCAGUGGGAACAUCAAUCCGGAAUUCAACAGUUAUUGUGAUAGUGUUGUCACUAAUAUCUACACGAUAAAUUCUAGUCUCAAAACACUGGAAAACGCAUUGAAAGUUAUUGGCACAAAGAAAGAUAAUCAAGGAGUCCGAAACCAGGUGCAUGUCACUCAACUCAGCACAAACCAGAUAGCUUCAGUUACUACAAAAGACAUCAAUAAACUGAAAAUUGUAGUUGCAAAAGGUGAAAAACAGAAGCAACUACAAGUUGAGAAGCUUGAGGGUAACUUCAAAGAGGCCAUUAAUAGAUAUUACACAUUACAAAAGGAACUAGCAGACAAACAAAAAUCUCAUCUUCUGAUCCCAGAGAUCUCAGAGGAUGAGAUUCCACAAGGCGACGAUGACAAUCAUGAGAGGCAGGCGCAGAGGACCAGAGAGCUGGCCUUUGAGCAGGACAUGCUCUACGAGCGGGAGAGCAGGAUAAGACAGAUCGAGUCUGAUAUACUGGAUGUGAAUCAGAUCAUGAGAGAGUUGGGGUCUUUGGUGCAUACGCAAGGAGAGACGAUAGAUACAAUAGAGAAUAGUAUUGACCAUGCAGUUGGCAAUGUGGAAGAAGGUGCUGAACAACUGGUAAAAGCAUCACAAUAUCAAAGAAAAUAUAGGAAAAAACUGCUUUAUUUGGCAUUAAUUGGAUUAAUUAUUGCUGCUAUUAUCAUAGGUAUAUUGGUAUCUGAACUGAAAAAAUAG